AUGGACACUGUUACUCGUCUGUUUUUCCUUCUAUCUCUAGUGCUUCUUCAUGAAGCAAGCCAGGCUUUUCUGGGACAAAUGGCGACCCGCCACGGCGCUAUGGGCCGUAGUAUUUCGCAUAUGAGUACGAUGGCUGACCAACCAAAGCUUGGACGGUUCGACAGCAGUAUUGAAACAAGCAACGACGACAGCGACGGCGACAACCAUAGAAAUAAGAAGCUUACCGAAUUGCUGGAGCACACCAGGGGACAGCUACUCGAAUCUCAAAGCAACGUGACUUCCAUGGAAGCACAACUGAAGGAGCUGAAUGGCAAAGUUCCUGACCUAGAAUUUAAAAUCACUGAAAUGCGCGUUAAGCUCUCGGAAGAACAACGUGCCCGCAAAACAGCGGAAUCGGCUUUGGAUGCACUAAAGGCUUCGAAUGAACAGCUUACGGCUACACUAAAUGAGGAACGGAUCGAAAAAUUAAAUGAUGCGGAACAGGUCAAGAAAGAACGGGAGAGUAUCCGAUACAUGGUUCAAGCCAGCGUCAAACUAGCCAGGACUCGUAUCAAGAACAAAUUUAUGGAUGGAAAGACUGCUAUACACACCGUCUUUUCGCCGAAAGAUCAACCACUUUGCUAG